AUGGGCACGUGUUGUUCAAGAAAAGAAAACUCGAAGGAAUAUUCUGGAGGAAUCGGAUGGUUUGAUUUACCUUAUGAUAUGCGAAGAAUUAUAAUUGAUUUGAUGGAUUUGGAAGCAAAAGCUAGAUUUUUCUGGUGUUCCAGAGAUUGUGGGGAAGAAGUUAGUCAAAGUCGGAAUUAUAUUCGAAAAAUUUAUAUGAAAAGAGGAGAGAAAAACGGAGAAAUAUUGAUUUUUGUGUAUGGAAAUGGUGGAAAAUGGAUGUUUAGAGUGAAAGAAUUGGAAGAAUCGACUGAAGUUAGUUGGGAAAUGAAUGAGAAGAUUAUAUCGAUUGAUAAAUUUGAGAAUUGGAAAUCGAUUGAUGUUGUUUUGAAAUAUUUUAAUGAUGUUUUGAAGAAGAAUUCGAGAAGUUUGACAGAUAUUGAGAUAUACAUUGUAAGUUGAUUUUUUAUCGAGCGGAGCGAGUGUAGACCGCAAGCUUCCGCGUAAGCGGCACUGUCUUCCGCUUUAGCGGCCGCGCGGAUUGCUGUGGCGUGGAUUUUCAGUACGUCAUGUUUGCCACGUCAUAGCAGCGAGUGUUAACAGCAAGAUUGUCCGUGCCGCUGCGCGGAAGCUUGCGGUCUACACUCGCUCCGCUCGAGAAACUUCAAUUUUUCCGAGCGAAGCGAGUGUAUACCGCAAGCUUCCGCGUAAGCGGCACUGUCUUCCGCUUUAGCGGCCACGUGGAUUGCUGUGACGUGGAUUUUUAGUACGUCAUGUUUGCCACGUCAUAGCAGCGAGUGUUAACAGCAAGAUUGUCCGUGCCGCUGCGCGCGGCUUGCGGUCUACACUCGCUCCGCUCGAGAAACUUCAAUUUUUCCGAGCGAAGCGAGUGUAAACCGCUAGCUUCCGCGUAAGCGGCACUGUCUUCCGCGCAGCGGCCACGCGGAUUGCUGUGACGUGGAUUUUUAGUACGUCAGGUUUGCCACGUCAUAGCAGCGAGUGUUAACAGCAAGCUUGUCCGCUGAAGCGGAAGACAGUGCCGCUUACGCGGAAGCUUGCGGUCUACACUCGCUCCGCUCGAGAAACUUCAAUUUUUCCGAGCGAAGCGAGUGUAAACCGCUAGCUUCCGCGUAAGCGGCACUGUCUUCCGCUUCAGCGGCCACGCGGAUUGCUGUGACGUGGAUUUUUAGUACGUCAUGUUUGCCACGUCAUAGCAGCGAGUGUUAACAGCAAGAUUGUCCGUGCCGCUGCGCGGAAGCUUGCGGUCUACACUCGCUCCGCUCGAGAAACUUCAAUUUUUCCGAGCGAAGCGAGUGUAAACCGCUAGCUUCCGCGUAAGCGGCACUGUCUUCCGCGCAGCGGCCACGCGGAUUGCUGUGACGUGGAUUUUUAGUACGUCAGGUUUGCCACGUCAUAGCAGCGAGUGUUAACAGCAAGCUUGUCCGCUGAAGCGGAAGACAGUGCCGCUUACGCGGAAGCUUGCGGUCUACACUCGCUCCGCUCGAGAAACUUCAAUUUUUCCGAGCGAAGCGAGUGUAAACCGCUAGCUUCCGCGUAAGCGGCACUGUCUUCCGCUUCAGCGGCCACGCGGAUUGCUGUGACGUGGAUUUUUUAGUACGUCAGGUUUGCCACGUCAUAGCAGCGAGUGUAAACCGGAAGCUUGUCCGCUGAAGCAGUUGACCGUGCCGCUGACGCGGAAGCUUGCGGUCUAUGACGUGGUAAACUUUUAGUACUACAAAUCCACGCCAUAGCAAUCCACGUGGCCGCUGAAGCGGAAGACAGUGCCGCUUACGCGGAAGCUUGCGGUUUACACUCGCUUCGCUCGAGAAACUUCAAUUUUUCUGAGCGAAGCGUGUGUAGACCGCAAGCUUCCGCGGAAGCGGCACUGUCUUCCGCUUUAGCGGCCACGUGGAUUGCUGUGACGUAGACGCGGAAGCUUGCGGUCUACACGAUUUUUCCAGUACGAUUUCCCAUAUGAUCGUACAAAUAUGAAUAUUUUGAAAAAUCGCAACCUCGAAAAAUUGUCGCUUCGAAUCAACAAAAAUGAUGAAAUCGAUCCGAUUUCAUGUGGAUUCAUUGAUUUCGCCACUCUUUCUCGAUUCAAUACCAAAAUCAAGAUUCCCAAAUUGAAACUCGUCGAUUUUGUGAAAAUCAAAUCGAGCAAAUUGGUAGUGCACCGUCCGCGAUUUUUUUUGGAUGAAUUCGACGCAUUUUUGCAAAAUGUUUUGUACGAUGAAGCACUUGAUGACAAUUUGAAGUUGGUUGAGUUCAAAUUGUUUCGAAUUAGUCGCAGAACUAUUGAAUUCUUCUUGAUGCCAACCAUUCAACAAUAUAUUACACGAUGUGCUGUCAAAUAUACUGAAUUGGGUGUUUUGGAUACUUUUUUAUUCAUGGGAACAUCCAAAUAUCGAUUACACUCUUUCAAGUUGAAAAAUAAUGUUUUGAUCUAUUCGAAUGAGAAGAAUCCAAUCGGAAUUUGA